AUUUAUCACAGGUAAGCCUGUUAGUAAUCAUAUUUCCAUUUAAAACUGCUUCCUCAUUUCCCUGUGACAGUCACUGUGGAAGGAACCACCAUGAUCAGGUUUUCUGUUGUAAUCUGCCUAUCAGUGCUGCUGUUCAGCACUUUGGCCAAACCAUACAGACCCAGGGAAAGAGCAUUCAAGGCUGACAAUGCAGUUCAGGACACUAUAGCCAGUUUUGAUGAGAAGAUGAUCCUAGAAAUGAAGGAGGUGGAGCCAAAGGAGGAUAUGGAUAUUACAGAUUUUGACAUCGAUCCUGACAUGAUGGUUUGGAAAGCUGCAAAAGACGAAAUCCUGCAGAAAUACAACCGACCUGAAGAGGAUAAAGACGCGAUCUACCACCCCUUUGACAUAAAACAUCCAGUUGACCCUGAAAUCUAUGUUCAGCCACAAGGAUAUGAUCGGGUACUGAAGUAUGACAAGCCAGAAGAAGACAGAGAUGAUAUGUACCAUGGCAGGUUUAAUGCAGCCGAGGAGCCAAUCAGAGGAGAGGAGGAUGUAAUUGGAGGUAAUAAUGUCAGACCCAUUUACUCAAGCCCCGAAGAGGACAAAGAUGACCUGUACCACGCCAAUGUCAGAGGACAUCCCUCUGACCAACAGGCUCAGCCGAUUCAUUUAUUUGCCAUACGCCCCAAAAGGGUGCACACAGAACCAGAGGUAGACCUGGAUGAUGUUUAUCAUAAGCAAUGAUUAAUUUAAGUCAUGUCUAAGGGACUACAAUUAUGGAUCAUAUCCUUUUAAUUCAAAUGAAAACAUUUAUUUAAUUGAAAAUGUGCAUGUCAAAAUGUUCAGCAUGUCUUGAACUCAUCAAUAACAUAAUUAAUAAGCCUUAUUAACUUAUUGUUUAUUGCUGAAUGUUUUAAACGAAUGUAGGAAUCUUUAAUUUUGAAAAUAUAUAACACAAUGACUGAAUGCAUUUUAUAAGACUGGCAAAUGUAUUAUAUUUCAUUGUUUUUAAAAUAAGCUAUUCACAAAGCUUACUUGAAUGAAAGCGCAAGUUGCUCACAAAAUGAACUGCGAUCAGCUGUGGAUUGAGCUAUACCUGAGAAGCUAAACUAAAAUAAAUGUUAUUUUUAAAAUUGUUUUAUUAAAUAAAUUGCCUGAAUUUCUUAA